AUGACUUGCUGUGGUCUUCACUCGGCCAUUCCCUUCGGCGACCAGUCCGCCAUGGGGCCCCAGCGAGCGCUGUUCCUCCUGCUCGGUCUCCUCCUGCUCGGUCUCCUCCGGCCAGCGCGCCUCGUCGCAGGCGAUGGCGAGGGCUGGUGGUAUGCAACCUCGGUGGCCGAGGACAUCGUCGCUGCAGGACAGACUGUCGAGUUCUCGCAAGUUCCUCUAGUGACCUGCGCCGCCUACGCCGGCCACUCGAGCUGGGCGCAGCUCUUCUGCCACAGGGAUGGCCUCUGCGUCCUCUCUGAGCAGGCGGUGGUCAGGGACAACAGCACCGGGAGCGGCGACCUGAUGCCCUGCUGGACCAAGCACCCUCCUUCGUCAUGCUUUCCUCCUUUCGAAGACGCCGGAGAAGCUGGAUGCUUUUAUCUGCCCGAAAGCAAGAUGACAUGGUUCGCCGGGCGCGACCACUGCAAAUCCCUUGGCGCGGACCUCGCUGUGCCCACGGACUUCGGCGCCUUCCGGACUUACGCAACCAACGCAAAUUUGCCUCAAGACGUGUGGCUGGGCAUCUACGACCAGGAAUGGCUCAACGGCAGCCGCGUGGCCAGGGCGCUGUGGGCCCGUGGGGACCCCGACGGCCCGCCACAGGACUGCGGGAGGAAGUACAAUUCGGUCAUCGCGGAUGCCAGGUGCAGCGAGACCUGGUAUUUUCUGUGUGAGAUUAAGUGAACAAAUAUGUGAUUAUUUUCGAUGAUUACAUCCUUAUGACUGUUA